GCAACAUCCAUCCGUAGUACGUUUACAUCAUGUCUUCAUCGACGUCGAUGUCGGUCAUCGGAGCGCCUCUCAGUCAAUUUAUCUCGUAUUUCAGGGUCUGCUAUUACAGAACACGAUCAUCCCUUUUUUUGACAACCUUUUCUAACCGUUUUAUGGCGCCUGCAACCGCACUCUAGCAUAAACUGUUUUCUGUUCCUCCCAAACAUCUCUGCUUCGGUCUUUAAACUCUCGGAACACAGAGCACAUUUGUUUUCGAUUUCUCAAACUAUCGUGCUUUUCCUCAAUGUUUCAAGGGUUGCCAUCGCACCAGUUCAUCCAGAUUAAAGGUUCCUUCCUACCUCAUUUAACGGACAUCUCCUACCUCUGUCAUUCAGAUGUCCGACGUGUUCUAUAAGUUAACAAAUUGGAAGGAUAUAGCCAUAUCGUUGGAUGUCAGAGGGCGUGGCUGUUUAAUCUCGUUUAUUUGGGAAGAGCCAACGUGGAGGCCCACCUAUUUUCUAAUUCCCAUCUUUCCAACUCCUGAGUUGUUGAGAUACUCAAUUAUCUUUAACUGACGAAAUAUGGUUCGUACCCGGAUUGUCUGUGUUUCAGAUACACAUGGCUAUGGCCCCUCAGAUGGUGCUUUCAAACUGCCGAAAGGUGACGUCUUGAUCCAUGCCGGAGAUCUCUCGAAUCAGGGGACUAUGAGUGAGCUGUGCAAAACUGUAGAAUGGAUUGAGAGCGCGGAUUUUGAAGUUAAAAUAGUAAUUGCGGGUAACCACGACAUCACCCUCGAUAGUGAUUUCUACAACCGGCACUGGCGAUCGUUUCACAACCAGAGGCGGGAGUCGACAGACGAUUGUCAAUCUCUCUUCACCAAGUCUUCAAUCAUUUACUUAAACCAUGAAUCUGCCGUUAUUCGGCUCUCCAGACCGGAAGGGCCUCGAUCAGUAUUGAAAAUAUUCGGGUCUCCGUACACCCCUCACUGUGGGAAAUGGGCCUUUGGUUAUUCCUCUGAAGAAGCUGCGGACAUCUGGGCUCAGAUACCUCAAGAUACUGAUAUAGUCUUGACUCACACGCCGCCUCGGUCCCACUGCGAUGAGAAUAGACACGGAUCGCUCGGUUGCGAACAUCUACGUCGAGCAUUAUGGAGAGUCCGACCACGAUUAGCUAUUUGUGGUCACGUCCAUGAAGGUCGAGGAUACGACAGAGUUCUAUGGGAUGUUUCACCCCAUGGUGAAAGGUUCAAAGAGCUCAGUUCAGUUCGUGGAGAACUACCUCCGCUCGGCAGCAAAAAACAAUGUCUGAUCGACCUCACGGGGAAAAAGCAGCCUUGUCUUCGAAACUACGGGCCUUUGGGAUCCUCACUGACGGUAGAGGAUGAAUCGCACGUGGCCAGAGGCGACAGGGUCAUAUCUGGAAGAAACGAGACCUGUAUCGUGAACGCCGCUAUCAUGGCAACGAACUGGCCGCACCAGGGUGGUAAAAAGUUCAAUAGCCCCCUAGUUGUGGACCUAGACUUGCCAGUAGAGAGGUAGAAGAAUUUGGGCAAAAUGCCCGACGACGGGUCGUCAUCGGAAGGAAUGAAUAUAGCGUAAUGAAACCAGGAAACACUCACAAUACUGCCUUUACAAUUUCAGAGACAUGGAAUAUUAAUUAGAUAUAAGCAAAGCAAACUCUUUUCGUAAACAAUUUACUACCUAUUUAACUUUUUCUACUUACCCUACGAGGAGAACGACCGCAUUUGAUCCUUGGAAGUUUACAAAAAAAAGGAUGGACGGAGAAGCGUCAGCAGAGCAAGGCCCAAU